CGUCACUUUCUGAACGCCCACUGAACGUUUCACAUCCGGUUUAACUGAGUAUUAUUAGCGUUAACCUGAAGUAUUACUUACCUAACCUAACUUUAACCUGUCAAGAACUUAGUCGACCACAUCAGCACAUCGCGGGUUCAUCUUAUCUAGGGUUUGAGUUUUUACCACCUUAUGACUCUCAAAAGCGGAUGUCAACAAAGUCGCAGGUUAGCGAGGAUUUAGCAAGCUGAUGCUAAUAAACAGACUUGUGUAGGCUGACCCAUUUAAUCUCAAACCCUUGGGUUUAUUUUACCCCUCCUGUUGCAUCUGUCUGGGGACGUGUGUCGUGCCUCUCUUGUCCAGCAACAUGGCCAGUCAUUUCCGCAGUUACGUGUGGGAUCCAGUCCUAAUCAUCUCUCAGAUUAUCCUAAUGCAGUGCAUCUACUACAGCUUCUUGGGUCUGUGGCUGGCUGGUGUGGAUAGUUUGGUACAGACCAGUAAAUCACUCGACCAGAUAUUCAGCUAUGAGGCUCUUGGCUUUUCAACAACGCAAGGUCGCCUCUCGAUGAUGGCAUUCAUUCUGAACUCUCUUACGUGUGCCCUCGGCCUGUGGUGUUUCAUUCGACGUGGAAAACAGUGCCUGGACUUUACCGUCACUGUGCAUUUCUUCCACAUGAUUGGCUGCUGGAUCUAUAACGCCCACCUCCCCGCCACCCUGUCAUGGUGGCUUAUCAAUGUUGCCUGUAUGGCCCUCAUGGCAGUCAUUGGCGAGUACUUGUGUAUGCGAACAGAACUCAGAGCCAUUCCUGUGAACACAGCACCUAAAUCAAACCUAUGAGAACUAGAGACUGGCCACAGUGAAUCAGCUAGUGUGUGUGAUGGUGGCACCGCAGGCAGUACUAAUGCUGCUGUGGUUUUUUCCCCAGUGUUUGACGAUGGGAGGAUAAUUGGCUCUGAGGAUGGACAGAAAUGGCUUGGUUUCUCAGUGAUGGAUCAGUCGUGUCACUAUGUUUUAUCAGACGUUUAGACGUUUUCAAGCGAAGCACAUGAUAAUGGUGACUUCAUGGGACUUCCUUCAGUCAGCAUUAUGGUGGCAUUCUCAUCAUUUCGAAAGGACGAUUGUAAUUACUUUUGUUUAGGACCAACCUAACAUUAUUUCCAGAUGGUUACUGAAAAUAUGAUGGAAACAGUCUAUUUUAACAGGACAGAUCCAAGUUUCAUGUGUAUCUUAAAAAUAAACUACAAUAUAUGAUAAUGGUUACAAUAAAAAUACAAAUCUGAGUUUCUCAGUGUCACCCCAUUUGUUGGAAAUAAAAGGUUGUUUCGGCUGAUUCAAAUCUUUGCUAACCACCCCAAUUAUUUUCCCCAAGCUAUUGAAAUCAAUAAAAUCUUAAAGGGAUAGUUCACCCAAAAAAUGAAAAUUCUCUCAUCAUUUACUCACCCUCAUGCCAUCCCAGAUGUGUAUGACUUUCUUUCUUCUGCUGAACACAAAUGAAGAUUUUUAGGAAAAUAUUUCAGCUCUG